AUGUCCGAUCUCAAAGCGACCGGCGGCGGAUCAAAGUCGCGGACGGGAUGCUCAGAGUGCAAGCGAAAACGUGUGAAAUGCGAUGAGGGCAAGCCCAGUUGCGGAAGGUGCAAGAGAUAUCCCGAGCGAUGUUCCUAUGAAUUGAAGUUAUCCUGGACGCAAGGACGACCUUUCAAGAAACCGAGGACGAAAGAGCCCUGGCUUACCAACCUUGAUGGAGAAGCUGCGACUUCCAAAUCCGACCCGCCUCGGCCUGUACCAGUACCUCAAAACGAGCCAGAAACCAUUGAUCAUGUCGUGCCAACUACUUUCGACGAGUCGCAAUCAUUGAAGAACGCGGACAAUGAUGUUACACAAGAUCUUGACAUUGGAAACUCUAACGUGUUAGAAGCUUUUGAUGACACUACUGGAUUCGACGACUACCAGGACUCAUAUCUGCUUUCAGAGGAUAAUGCACUAAUAACUGCGGAUCUGUUUUCUGAGACAGCUGAUAUCAAUUUCGAGCCUGCUGAUGAAACGAUCGAACGUGACAUUUCCCUUGUUCCAUAUCAACACUACUCUCCUCCCACUUUGCCACCAUCACUGAGCCAAUAUCCUCUGCUGUGUCCAUCCGAGUCUCCUAAUGCCUACUUUUUUCUCCAUCAUUAUAUCACCCAUACCUCGCUUACACUCUUCCCACUCAUGGCGCCUGCAAUCCAUCAAGAGGUCCUGACAGUCGCAGCUCAGACCCCACAUCUUCUGUCUGCGGCAUUGGCCUUGUCUUGUGACCAGGUACGGCGUCUACGAGGCAACGACUCUAUUGAAUUACAAAAUCGAGCAUCCUUUUUCUUACGAAAGGCACUUACUGGCUUACGGAAAGCCAUGGCCGAUCCCUCUGAGGCUCCCAACUUCUCGACCAUCUGCACAGCACUUUUCCUCGGCACUAACGAAGUCAUGGCUGGCAACACCGUGGCCAUGCGUACACAUCUACGAGGCGCAGAGCACCUACUAUCCUUGGCGUUGGGCAAAAAUAGGCAUGAACCUGUCGCACAUCUAGACGACAAGAAGUUGUUCUUGAUCCGCUGGUUCGCUGUCAUGGACAUCUUUGCCAGUAUCAUGAGUCUUGACAAGACCUCUUCAUCCGAUGGCCAAUUUUGGUCGAUUGGAGCUCCGAACGCCGGCUCUUCACCACAGUACAUCGACGAGUUUGUUGGCUUCUCCCUCGAGUUGAUGCCGGUGCUCGCUCGUAUAGGUCGUAUGGCGCGUUUACAGCGCCGUCGUAAAAUUUUAGGACCUUCACUGGACUCUGGCUAUGCUGAGAUGGCCGACGAUCUGGAUAUGCUGCUAGCAGACAAUAUUCUGCUUACCGAGCAACAACUUUCGCUUCUGUUUACCCGCGCUUCUUCGCCUUCGCUGUUACAUACACAAGAUCCUGUGCUCGUGGAUGAAGCUGUAUACGUACACCAAAUGUUCGUACAUGCUGCUCUGCUGCAUCUUUAUCGACGUGUACAAGAGCUACCCGAGUUGGAUCCAAAGCCAGCAGUAGCUCUAGCUUCGAUGCUGGAGCUUCUUGGAAAGCUGAGACCAGAGUCGCCCGCCAACGUUCUCAUUCUCUGGCCUCUGUUCACAGCAGGAUGCGAGGCCGAAGAUUUGGAUCUGAGAAAUUAUAUCGAGACAUGCAUGAAUCGUAUCCGAAACUACGGUUGGGGUAAUGCAGACGCUGCCAUGGGCGCUUUACGGGUAUACUGGAACGAGGGCAAUGGCGAACGAUGGGAUGUCUUCCUCGAGCGCAGAGGCUUUGAUGUGGUGCUUUUUUAG